AUGCUGGUGAAGAAAUCUCUGAGUAUGCUGCGGAACAUGAUGCCUUGGAACAGAAGCCAUCACAGUGCAGUUGGAUUGUUAGUAAGGCAUUUUGCCACGAAACCCAAACCCAAGAUGAAACCGAUUGAGCUGAACACACCACCGGAGCAAACCCAGACGAUAACCAGGGUGAUCUUUGAUAUAUUGAAGGAGCAUGGACCUCUCACCAUUGCUGAAACUUGGGAUCGUGUCAAGGAAGUGGGAUUAAGAGGGCUAACGAGCAAGCGUCACAUGAAGAUAAUACUAAGGUGGAUGAGAGAGAGACAGAAGCUGAAGCUCAUAUGUAACCAUGUUGGUCCUCACAAGCAGUUCUUGUACACUACUUGGUUCACCAAACACAACCCUUCUAAAUUCCCUAAGUCGCCUGAAAAACUCACCAGAAAAUCCUCUGGCGACCCUAAACUUCCAUGA